UAAUUUGACACAGUCUCUCUAGAAGGUUCCAGUUCCACACACUUCUCCUUCCUUUUUUUUGUAGACUGCAACAUUCCAGACAAUUCUUUUUCUCUUCUUUUCUCCUCAUCUCCCUCAAAAUCCCACAAUCUGAGCCAACAACAAUACGAAGUUUUAACAGCCGAAGCUCCACCAAGCCCAAUACCAAAAUAGCAAGUUUUUUAUUAUUUAUAUAUAUAUAUAUAUAUAUAUAUAUAUAUAUAGUUUCUCAUCUAAGACUUGCAAGUUUAGUCAACUAGCUGAAAGAAAAAAGAGAUGGGUGUGGAUUAUUAUAAGAUAUUGCAGGUAAACAAGAACGCCAAUGAUGAGGAUUUAAAGAAAGCUUACAGAAAGCUUGCCAUGAAAUGGCACCCUGAUAAGAACCCCAAUAACAAGAAAGAAGCUGAGGCCAAGUUCAAAGAGAUCUCUGAGGCGUAUGAGGUUCUAAGUGAUCCCCAGAAGAGAGCAAUCUAUGAUCGGUAUGGUGAAGAAGGGCUUAAAGGCCAAGUGCCACCCCCUGAUGCAGGGGGACAUGGUGGGGCCUCCUUCUUCCAAACUGGGGAUGGCCCAACAAUGUUCAGGUUCAACCCCAGAAAUGCUAAUGACAUUUUCGCUGAGUUUUUUGGCUAUUCAAGCCCAUUUGGAGGAAUGGGAAGCAGUGGCAGUGGCAUGAGGAGUUCAAUGCCUUUUGGUGGAAUGUUUGGGGAUGAUAUAUUUAGCUCAUUUGGAGAGGGCCGACCAAUGAGUCAAGGUCCACAUAAGCCUCCUCCGAUUGAGAAGACACUGCCGUGUACCCUCGAGGAGCUAUAUAAGGGAACUACCAAAAAGAUGAGGAUCUCAAGGGAAAUUAUGGAUGCGAGUGGGAAGACCUUACCUGUGGAGGAAAUCUUAACCAUCGAAAUUAAGCCUGGCUGGAAAAAGGGAACAAAAAUUACUUUCCCAGAGAAAGGGAAUGAGCAGCCAAAUGUUCUUCCUGCAGAUCUUGUAUUCAUAAUUGACGAGAAGCCCCACAGCACAUUUACAAGGGAUGGCAAUGACCUUGUUGUCACACAGACGAUUUCGCUUGUAGAAGCUUUAACAGGCUACACAGUCCGUCUUACAACACUCGACGGAAGGAGCUUGACCAUCCCCAUCAACAAUGUGAUUCAUCCAGACUAUGAGGAGGUUGUUCCAAAGGAAGGCAUGCCAAUACCAAAAGACCCCUCCAAGAGAGGUAACUUGAGAAUCAAGUUUAAAAUUAAAUUCCCGACAAGGUUGACUGAUGAACAGAAGUCUGGAAUCAAGAAACCUCUGGCACCUUAAAUAGGAUCCUGGCCAAUAGCUCUGUGAAUAUUUUUUGAGAUGGAUUUGAUUUGUGUCACUAGUUGUGUUGUAAGGUUUGACACAUUUGGGCCAGCAAAGAAAAGAAAGCACCAAAUAAAGUCUGUUUUUGUUAGCUAUUCUGUUCAGCGGUUGUAGUGUCAUAGCCAUGUAACAAAAUCAGUGAACAAGCCAAGUCUUAAUGUGAUCCUAUUUUGUAUUUAUUGGUUACAUUUUACUUGAAAAUAUCAUGUCAAAAUAUGACGA